UUGAAAAACUAAUCAGUAUUUCAAAUAAUUGUUAGUGGGAGCACCAAAUGGAAAUCAUGACACACACACACUGUAUCCCGUGUUCAGUAUAUCUAAUUCUGAUGGUCUUCUUGUUUCCAGGAGACGAGGAGAGAUCUGUGGAGGCGGAGCAGGAGGGGGAGAAGGAAAUGAAGAUGGUUCUUCACUGUCCUCCGAUCUACCCGCUGCCUGAAGAGAUAAAAAAGAUGGAGCGCAGUGAGACGGUGUGUCAUUACUGCGGUUUAAGCUACCUCAUUUUCCACGAGUUUCAUCAGCUCCACAGUCGACUGGCUCAGAUGGAGGAAGAGCUUCAGGAACUGAGAGAGACCACCCAGAGAGAGAAGGCCCAGCGAGAGGCCCUGGAUCUGGGCAGGCUGGAGUGGGAGAGGGCUUUUCACCUGGAGGUGCAGAGACAGACAGAGAAAACCACAGGAGAAGAGCUACAAGAGAGGGACAAAGCCCCAGAGAGCGCUCUGAGAGAGGAGUUUGAACAAAAGAACGAGAAGGAGAGGCUUGAGAUGAAAGAGAAGUAUCAGAAAAUGAGUGAAGAAAAAGAGAGACGACUUAGAAGAGAGCUGGGAGACGUAGAGGCGGAGACACUGAGGAAGCAGCGAGAGCUGGAGAGGAGGACUGAGGAGAGAGAGAAAGUUCUGAGUGACGCUCUUCAAAAGGCCAAUAAAAAUUUAGAGGAGUUGAGAAAAUGCUUCCAACAGCUGGAAGAGAGGCUGGCAGUAGCGGCUUCCACGAAGGAGGAGGCAGAGCAGUUACUAAGAGGAGUGUGUGUGCGGCAGCAGCGGGCCCUGCGAGCGACUCUCUCCGUGCUCCGAUCCUCUGGAAGUGAGCUCACAGAUGUACGGGGUUUCCUCAGCCAGCAGAUGGGGGUCUGGCAGGCCUUCAGAUCUCAGAUACUGCAGCACAGCUCACAGGUGUUCUCAGUGCUGACAGAGGAGCUGAAGCAUUCCAGUGUGGAGUUACACAAAGUGAGAGAAGAGAAAGAGCUCCUAACUCAGCAGCUGAUGGAGCAGAGGAGCCAGAGCGAGGAGCAGCUGUCCCAACAGAAACACUCUGAAAGCGGACACAGGGAGGAACUACUCAGGUUAAAAGGUGAGCUGGAGGAGAAACACCAGAGGUGGUUGUCGUGCCAACGAAGGUGCGACACCGUAGAGGAGCAGCUGUCGUCAUGGCAGCAGAGAGAGGGACAAAUGAGCCGGAAGUACUGCACAGCUGAAGAGGAAGUGACACGACUGAGGGAAGCUCUGGAGGAGGUCCUGCAGGAAACGAGAGAGCUGAGGAGAGAAAGAGACAUGAUGAUAGAGUCCCAAAGCAGAGCCCUGAACAAGAUGGAGGAAGACUGCAGACGGCAAAUGCCCUCUAAGCUGGCUGCCGCCCUCGAAGAGCAGAGAGCCCAGAAUGCAUUGCACCUGAGGGAGCAGAUGGAGGAGCUUCGCAGGGAGGUGGAGUUAGAGCUGACGAUUGACAAGGAGAAGAACCAACUGCUGCUUCUACUGUACCAGCAAGACGGCACGCAGCUCCAGCAGAAGCUGGAGGAGAGAGAGCAGGUGCUGCGAGGACUGCAGGAGGAGCUGCAGGAGGAGAGGACGAGCAGGGAGGAGGAAGGGAGGAGGAGAGAGGAGGAGAUACACCGGGAGUUGCAGCACUCCCAGCAGCAGGAGGCGCUACAGCUGAGCCAAACUAAAGAUGAACAUCAGCUGGUGACGAAGAGGAAUGCUGAACUUCAACAAGAGGUGGCGUUACUCCAGGAGACAGUAAGAGGGGAGUGUGAGGAGAGAGGGCAGCUGACUGCUGCUCUGGCUCAAGCUCAUGAGGAGCUUCUUGGGCUGCGUUCCCUAGCGUCUCAUCAGGGCUCCUCCAGGUCUCCUCUAAAGCCCACGGAGAGACACACUCCCCCAGGGAACACGCACAGUCAAACCCGGGUACCUCUCACGCGCUCUUUGAACUCCCCAAACACCCUGCGGCCCUCCCCUGCAUGCACAGACAAAGCACCCGGCCGAGGCACAGAUGGAGCCGGAGCAGGGAGGAGUUUUGAGUUUUGGAAUCGUGGGGUAGAAAGACGACGAGAGGGGACACUGCCCAGACUGAGAGUCAGCAGCAAAGUGGGCGAAGUCAAAUGUAAGGUCAGUUUAGAGAUGGGGGAGAAGGAGAGACUUUAAGAAGCAAUGUGAAUGCAGGUCGGACGUGUGUUCUUGUGAUUCUGGAAGUCCCGUGGACACAAAUAAUCAUAUUACUUUAAUAGUGUUGUUCCCUUAGAAUGUAAUAAUCCCUCAACUUGUCACACACACAUACGUAUGUACACACAAACACACACUUUCUACACAAGACACAACUACUGAGUCCUGCUCGUACAGCAGUAAACUCCACGGACACACACUCUCUCUGACAGACAUGCACUUGUUUUCUCCCAACCCGACUCACGCAGUCUCAGUGUCACGCACAGGAUUUCACAGACAAACACCCGCACAUGCACAUGGUACACACACACACACACACACAUGUACACACACAUGCAAGCACACACAGCUUGUCACAAGGGCAGGGCUGAAGGAGCAUGACAGCGUGUCCCAUGCCACCCGUGGACACAAACAAAAGGCAGGCAAACACAAAAGAAACUGUAAGGCAAGCACCCCCCACCCACCCCCCCACCCCACACACACAUACAACAAUUACCCAUUCCUCACCCCUCAGGCAUUGUGUGUUAUUGACAUCAUUCACUCCGUGCAAGGUCUUUCCAUUCCUCCCGCUCGCUCUUCCUCUCCCUCUACAUUUGGAAUGAAUUGGUAGGAUGGGAGAAAUGCAUGAAGCGUGUGCGGCAUGGAACUCAUUUCCCCGCUUUCUGACACACAUGGAAAGCUUUUAGUUUGACUUCCGCGUGUCCCUCUCUUCCAACCCAUCUGUGAGACAAUAAUCAUCGCUCGCACAGAAAGGUGGGGCGAUAAUGAUUUUAUCCUGCCAACGCUUCCUCUGUUUGCCAAAACACUCACAUAUGUUUUACCUGCUGAAAGUCUUGGUCCGUGCGGACACGACGUUCUGAAAUAUAAAACAAUGAACAUUCGCUGCCAUGGAAACCUAAUUUUGUACUUCCUCUGUUUUUGUCCGGAAGGUUAAAUUGGAAAAUGUCCCACACAUCACAAACUGGUCCAUGCUGAAGUUCACUGUCAUGAAGUGUUCAUAAAGAAAUGGAUUUAGUCUUUAAUCCUAAUCCUACUCCACAAUAAACUGUC